AUGGCACAGAGAUAUCCAGGACAAGGAGUCCCUGCCAAGCCCGCAAAUAAUCAGUAUGACGGCCAAUACAAUAGCCACACAACUGGCAACCCUCCCACCCCUUCAAGCGCGAACGCAACUCCCAACAUAGGAUACCCGCAAGCACAAACCCCGAGCGAGAUCUCGAUCCAAGGCAGAAAUCAGAUACAAAGUCGACAACAGUUCCAUCAAAUACAGUCGAACCCAGCUGUCCGAGUACAAAAUGAGCAGAGUUCAACAUACGGAUAUAGUCAUGCCCAAACAGGAUCUAUGAACUAUCAAACUCCCUCGGCCCCAAGAGACACAACUCAAACAACAUAUCAACAAGGCUUCGUUCAACCUCAGUCGAAUUGGCCUCAACUAGUACAAGAUCAGCAGAAUUUCGGCUACGGACAUGGUCAUACACAACCAGGAAUGAUGUACUCUCAAACCACAGCAUCAAGAGAAGAGAGACAUCAGACAGAACAUCGGCAGUCCUUCCCUCAAUCUCAGGCGAACUGGUAUCCAGGUGUAAAAAACCAGAAUUUGGCCUACGGACAUGGUCAUGUGCAACCAAGAUAUCCGUACUCUCAACAAGCUCCUGUAAACGCAUACCAAUAUCCCGAUCCUGGGAGCCAAACAUCUCAGCUAUACCCUCAUAUUGCGGAGCAAGUACGUCCUCACGAAAAUACUCGGUCCCAGCUAGAAAGUCUGGCGAGACAAGGUUUCCACCCACAACAAAUGGUGGCGCCAAAUACAGUUCAUCCCAGUCCAGACAAUAUGCCUUCUGAAUCUGGGCAUACUCAAGGACAGAGAAUGGCUUCGGCUCCUGUUCAGCAGCAAGGUUCUCCGACACCUCUCCCCACAAUCUCCUCUCCCAGCCCAGUCGAAGCAAUUGCGGACAACAAGCGAAAGUAUGACCAGACGGCGUUCGAAGAAGGACAAUCGGCAAUCGCUCAAGCAAUGGAAACCGCAGCAUCUGGUUGGUUCCGGUCAUUCAACCAUACUCAGGUCAAUCAACCUCUACCACCAAAGCCUGCACAAAAGCCCAGGGCACCACGCAAUCCUCCAGCAGCACGGAGACAAUAUCAGGAACCGGCGCCUCUGCCACAACAACAGACUUCAGCGCCUGCAUCAACCUCUGGCUUUGCUCCGUACAAUCCCUUCUCGCCAACGCCUCCAUACCGGUCACGGUAUGCGAGUCAGUCUCUAUACGCCGGCCUCCCUGUUGCUCCUCCCCGUCUCCCUUCUCCUCCCCCUCCCCCUCCACCACCACCGCGUUCUCCACAGCCGCCCCACCCCGCCACUCACCCAUCGCAGAUUCGGGAAUCCUGGCACCCAGAGGGCUGCGGCUGCUGUGAUGGAGGUGUUCCCUCGGAACUGAUCAGACAAGGAGCAGCGUUCAGACUCCCGCCUACUCCGCAGACAAUCUUGGAUCCGGAUAACUUGCCGGCGGAAUGGAUGGAUAAUGAGGAUAUGAUGAGUGCUGUUCUGUUGCCGGAGACUUGUCCGCCGAAUCACCCUUACAAGGUGAGGGACAAUGAGGAUGGCACACCGUGGACAAGCUGA